GUUCGCCGAAGCCCCACACUCAGAACUGGCCCAGUCUUCCCGCCGGGACUCUGGGCAUCAGUGCCGGGAGCGCUCACCGCUCUGACCCGUACAGAAGCGGGAGUUGCCUCAUUCUGUGAAGCGGCGGGGACGGCCCCGGCCCCGGCCCCCGUUUCCCUCCCUGACCCCUUCUUUCCAGCGCCCCAGUCAUGGGGAACGCGGCGACCGCCAAGAAAGGCAGCGAGGUGGAGAGCGUAUACAGGUACAACUGCUCUUCAGAAGUUGGAAGGUUUUGCUAGCCGAUUAUUUCAUAGACACUCUAAAGGUACUACACAUGAUCAGAAAACAGCUCUGGAAAAUGACAGCCUUCAUUUCUCUGAACAUACUGCGUUAUGGGACAGAUCAAUGAAAGAGUUUCUAGCUAAAGCCAAAGAAGACUUUUUAAAAAAGUGGGAAAAUCCUGCUCAGAAUAAUGCUGGCUUGGAGGAUUUUGAAAGGAAAAAAACCCUUGGAACAGGUUCAUUUGGAAGAGUCAUGUUGGUGAAACAUAAAGCCACUGAACAGUAUUAUGCCAUGAAGAUCUUAGAUAAGCAGAAGGUUGUUAAACUGAAACAAAUAGAACAUACUUUGAAUGAGAAAAGAAUAUUACAGGCAGUGAAUUUUCCUUUUCUUGUUCGACUGGAGUAUUCUUUUAAGGAUAAUUCUAAUUUAUAUAUGGUUAUGGAAUAUGUCCCUGGGGGUGAAAUGUUUUCACAUCUAAGAAGAAUUGGAAGGUUCAGUGAACCCCAUGCACGGUUCUAUGCAGCUCAGAUAGUGCUGACAUUUGAGUACCUUCAUUCACUAGACCUCAUCUACAGAGAUCUAAAACCUGAAAAUCUCCUAAUUGACCACCAAGGUUAUAUCCAGGUCACAGACUUUGGGUUUGCCAAAAGAGUUAAAGGCAGAACUUGGACAUUGUGUGGUACUCCAGAAUAUUUGGCUCCAGAAAUAAUCCUCAGCAAGGGCUACAAUAAGGCAGUGGAUUGGUGGGCAUUAGGAGUAUUAAUCUAUGAAAUGGCAGCUGGCUACCCCCCAUUCUUUGCAGAUCAACCAAUUCAGAUUUAUGAAAAGAUUGUUUCUGGAAAGGUUCGAUUUCCAUCACACUUCAGUUCGGAUCUCAAGGACCUUCUAAGGAACCUGCUGCAGGUGGAUUUGACAAAGCGGUUUGGAAAUCUAAAGAAUGGUGUCAGCGAUAUAAAAACUCACAAGUGGUUUGCUACAACAGAUUGGAUUGCUAUUUACCAGAGGAAGGUUGAAGCUCCAUUCAUACCAAAGUUUAGAGGCUCUGGGGAUACCAGCAACUUUGAUGACUAUGAAGAGGAAGAUAUCCGUGUCUCUAUAACAGAAAAAUGUGCAAAAGAAUUUAGUGAAUUUUAAAGAUGAGCAAUGAGAUGACAUCAGAGCUCAUGCUCAGUCUUUGCACUCUCUUGAGAGAUAAGGUGGAGCUGAGACCGUCCUUGUCGAAGCAGUUACCUAGUUUCUUCAUUGCAGCGACUGAGUGAGGUCUUUAUUGCCAUCAUCUGUGUGUGCACUCUGCGUCCACCUAUGUAACAAGGCACCACUUAAGCAAGCAUUGUCUGUGCCAUAACACAGAACUAGACACUUUCCUGCUUCUCUUUGGUUUCCUUCUCUCCUCUUACAUCUGUUUCUUCUUUUUUCAUUUUUAUUAUUUUUUUCCAUACAGUGCUCCAUUUUAUUUUGUUGUUGUUUCAAAUGGGCAGUGUUAUGGCGAUGUGAUAUUCGAAGGGAAGGAUAAGUACUGCUUUUAGUAGUUCUUGCCAAUAUUUUUGUUGGUCAGUGACUCAAAGAUAUACUUUCUAAUCAUUAUUUUUACUUGGAGUAGCUCAGACUCAGUGUUGUCAGAACUCUUGACAAUUUUGAGGAUAGAAUGUUUUAUCACCAAGGAAAUGUACACACAUUUAAACAAUAACUUUCUUAGAACUCACUGUUCUAGCAAUAAAUUUGGACAGACUAAUAAGAGUUGUUAAACCUAGAAAUUUGGAUUCCUAUAGAUCAGAGGUCUAUUUCCCUUCACCUCUUUUUAUAUCAUCCUCCCCUUGAGCAAUUCAGUGACCAACCUGUGCAGUGUGACAAAUGCGUCUCAUUCACAGGAAAAAACUAAUGAUAUGGAUUAUCAUCACCCAGAUUCUCUCACUUGGUACCAGCAUUUCUGUAGGUAUUACAGAAGAGUUAGUUCUAAGAUUUCUAAACCUCAACUCUUCCAUAACGGUUUUAACCAGUAUUUUAAUAGAACAUGACUAAUGAAAGUGACAAAUUUUUAAGUUUCUCAAGUAAGUCCUCACUAUAAAUUUUUUAAAGGAAAAGAAACUAACUAAAAAGAAUAUUAAUGUGGAUAAGUACUUUGCUAAAUCAAAUGGCUUGAUUCUUGUAAACAGUGUAAACAAACUCUUACUUCAAUGAGGUUUUUUGUUUGUUUUGCUUUGCUUUGCUUUGUCACAGUUAAGAACCAAGGAAGUUGUUGCCAAGGUUGUUAUUCUGGUGUAUUAUAUUUGUCAGCCUGGGAUAGAGGCACUGUGCAACUUUGGUUUUCAUCCUAUGCCUCAUCAAUGAAGAGGGACAAACUUUAUAAAACCGCCACAAUUGUAUUUUAAUUUUGAGGUGUGAUAUUUUUAGAUAUGUAAUAAUUUCUAGCCUCUUUCGGUAAACAGAAUGUGUGAUAAUGCAGAUACAAUUUUAGUAUUGAAGUUUAGUUUUUUAAUAUACUUUUUUGCCAACUGACUUAACAACAUUGUGGUCAUGUGGAAAUUUCAAGCACUUUUGCACAUUUAGUUUUGUGUUUGUUGAGAAUCCAUGACUUAACUCAGUUUUUUAAAUAUUUUUUUUCUUUGCUUUUAAAUCUUCCCAUCUUGUUUUAUCUGUGUGUCAGUGACCUGUCCUAAAACCACACAUCAAAAUAGUUGAAAAUAAACUGUGUUCAUUUUUUAUCAUCAAAUUACAUGCAUAUGAGUUGUUUUUACUCAAUCUGAUAUUAAUGUAUGUAAGCAUUCUAUUUGCUUCAUUAUAAGUAUGUCAGGUAGGUCACCGACUACUUUUCAUCUCUACCACACCCUUGCAAAACCUUUGAAGACAUUGAGAAAGCCCGUCUGAGAUGUUCUCUGCAUCAGUCUGUAUGUCUUUCGGUUGUCAAGUGUUUCUGCAUGUUUAUGUCAUUGACAAGCUGAUACUGAUUUCAGCUUUUGGUCCACCUAUAUUUAAAAUGUGCAAGACAAGUAUGAACUACUUUGCUGUAGCAAGUUUGAUGAAACAAAAAUAUAUCAUCAUGUUAAUAAAUUUAAAACGUCAUUUAUAUAAAAUAUUUUAAUUAGUUUUUUUAUUUCAUUUAGAACCCAAGAAAUGCUGAUCAUUGUAUUCUAUAUGUAUGCUACAAAUUCUAUGGUAGCCUUGCUGUAUAUUACUGUAAAAUUAUUUUAAUAAAUCUUGGGGAUGACAAUUUGAUUAUUACAUUUUAGUUUUCAGUAAUUAAAAAGAUUUCUAUAAAUUCUAAUUUUUUUAAAAUGAAAUUACUACUGUCCAGUACAACUUGUUAUAGAAUCUAUCCAGGUAGAUGAUCUGUAGGCAGUACAUUGGUUUUGAGGGCUAUUUAGCUAUUCCAUUUUAUUCCCUAUGUAAAGAACAUGAACAAGCUUUUAAAUAUAUUGAGGUAGUCUAUUUCCAACCAAUGAAGUACACUGAAUUAGAGUAUCUGAAAAUUAUACAAAAUUCUGUUUCUGCCACAGUUUAGCCAAAAACAAUAUAAAAACUCGAAUAAGAAAUAAGUGGCACAAAUCAGUAUUUAACCUCAGAUUAUUUUAUUUGAAACAGAAGAAAUUAUGUUUUUAUUCAGUAAAUAACGAGAUGGCUUGUAGAAGAAGGAGCCCUAGACCAAGUUUCAGGCCUAAUCUGUCACUAUUAGCAUGACCUUGGCCUCAGUUCUCUUAUCCAUGAAAUGGAAGAGUUCCAUUAGGCAGUUUCUAAGGUCCCUUCUAACUUUCACAUGCUAAGAUUCUUUAUAUUUGACAUUUUGAAGGGAUAAUAUGCUUUGAAGUAAAUUUUGUUAAGGUGAUAUUUUAGGGCAUCUUUCUUAUCUCUUAUGGUGUUCUUAAAAUUCUUUGAAUAUCAUGAGAACCUCGUGUCUGUUAUGAUUCCUUCCUCCUUCACUGAUGCUAAAUAUCCAAUUGAUAUCAAACUGUCAACCUACCAAAAAAAAAGAUAUUGUGGCUUGUGGGUAUUGCUGUCAUGUUUUUUGAUAAGUUCUUGUAUCAACUGCCCAUUGGCCUGAAAAUACUCAUUGUAAGCCUGAAAAAAAAAAAUCAUUUUUCUUUCCCACUGACUGUUUUUUCUGCUUAUUGUAAAAAUCAAAUGAAAUAAUGUAUGUGAAAACACCUUGUAACCUGUAACCUAUCAAUGUAAAAUGUUAAGGUGUAUUGUUAUUUCAUUAAUUACUUCUUUGUUUAGAAUGGACUUUCCUAUGCACUGCGGUAGCUAGGAAAUGCUGAAAACAGCUGUGUUUUUUAAAUAAUCAAUAACUGUAAAAUUAAAGUAUCUUCACAGGAUAAAACAA